AGCCAGUUGUUGUUUUGGGGGAAUAAAAAGAGCUGCAAGCGGAAGAAACACCGGAUUUCGGCUUUUUCCUUUUCGCUCAUUUAGUUUUUUUCAAAUUGUUUUUGUAUACACAACUGAAAUAAUGUCUACGCCCGCAAGGAGACGGCUAAUGAGGGAUUUUAAAAGACUUCAGGAGGACCCUCCCACUGGUGUGAGCGGAGCGCCGUCUGAGAACAACAUCAUGCUGUGGAACGCUGUUAUUUUUGGGCCUGUUGGGACGCCAUUCGAAGAUGGAACAUUUAAGCUGCUGAUAGAGUUUUCAGAGGAGUAUCCCAACAAGCCUCCCACGGUUCGGUUCGUCUCCAAAAUGUUUCAUCCAAAUGUUUACGCUGACGGCAGUAUAUGUUUAGACAUUCUUCAGAAUCGCUGGAGCCCGACGUACGACGUGUCGUCCAUACUCACGUCCAUCCAGUCGUUGCUUGAUGAGCCGAACCCCAACAGCCCGGCGAACAGCCAGGCGGCGCAGCUCUACCAGGAAAACAAGAGGGAGUAUGAGAAGCGGGUAACGGCCAUCGUGGAGCAGAGCUGGGUGGACGGCUGAGCGUCUUCCUCUCCGUUCCGUCGUCUUCAUCACCCCUCAUCGUCAUCAUCCCUCUUCUUCAGCCGCUCAUCAAGAAACAACAGUAACUAUCAAAACUCAAGUGCCACCCUGAUAAGUAAAAAGGAAAACCAAAUUUGAACAGACAUCAAGUUGCUUACCGAUCGUUGCAGGAAAUCUGGGGUGUUGGGUUUCCAUCUUUAAUUGUUUCUUGUCUUUUUUAUUGCAUGGUGUGGGAUAAGUUAUUGCUAAGAAACUUGUAAUAUAUGUUUGGUUGGACUAAAAGCGGUUAAUGCCUGAGUUUUAAUCUUUUGUUUUCUGCUGGUUUGAGAAGGAAACGCUAACGACCAAAUCGGCACGUUUUUAAAAGCUGUGGAAAAACCCAGGAAAUGCCUUUCAGAGCUCAUAAAUAUUACUGAUCCUCAGUUAAACUAAAUAAAGAACGUCUGCCGCUUCGUUUCUGCUUCGGUUUGGAUUCAGUUAGUUUGAGGCAGCUGCAGCAGCUGCAGCAGCGCAGGCAAAUCACGACUCCCCGGUUCGACACGACAAGUUUCUUAUGAGAGAGAAAAUAAUGUUUUUACGUUUUAUUUUGCAGAGCUGUUUUCUAAUUUUCUUCCUCCAAGUUUAUCAAAAGCAGGUAAAAAUAGCAUAAUGGAGGCACUGCAAACCACAAAAUGUAUUUUUGUGUUACUUUCUAGUGCAAAUGUCUUAGUUUUGUCUUUGAGUGUGCGAGCUUAAAUGUAACUUUUCAGCAUAAGAGAUGGUUUGACAUGAAUAAUUCCUUAUCAAUGAAAAAGUUUCAGUUUCAUUGACAGAUUUUCACUUAUGACAAAAUAUCUUUCCUGUGUUUUAUAAGUGAAAUAAUCUGACAGUGGAAAUAUUAUUCUCCAAGUAAAUUUCACUGGAUUAUUGACUUAAAACAAGCUUCUUCUUCUUUUUUUUUUUUUUUUGCUGAAAAGUUACUUUUAAUUAGUUUAGUCUUUUUUGUGCACCAAGAUAUUUGUACUAAAAACCAAAAUACUUUAACAUUGAGUGUUUUUGCAGUGGGAUGCUUCCACAUCAUGUUUUAUCAUAAUAAAUGCAGAUUGAAGGGAAGUCGGUUAGGCAGGAGGGAAGAUUUAUUUUAAUUUUAAAUUUAUCUCCCGAAACAAAACAAUUUAAGUGUCCAUGCUUCUGAUUGCUCUAUUAAAACUACUUGGCUGCAAAUAUUAAGGAAAAAAAAGCAAAAUUAAGUAAUGCUCUUUUUUUCUUUUUAAUUUAAUUUGAAAACAAGCUGCUGCACCUUCAUGCUGUGCAAACCUACCUUCAGUGAAGAUUUAAAUGUUUUCUUUUUGGUGUCUGUACCUUUUUUUAUGUUUUUAUUUUCUUUUUCUUGGAAAAACAAAAUUCUCCUUAACCAAA